AUGUAUGCUGAAAAUGAAAUUGAUCCUGAAAAGCUUGCCCCCGAAAAUUUUUCAAAAGCCUCAGAAAGAGCUCAACUCAUGCAUCUCGACCCAGUAGCUGUUGCUAAAUACUUUAAUACUAUUAUUCAAGCGAUUAUUAAUAUUUUGAUUGGAUGUAAUAAAAAAAAUAAUGGCAUAUUUGAAGCUGUAAAAAAUUAUUAUAGUGUUGUUGAAUAUCAAGACCAUGGUACUCCUCACUGUCACAUGCUCAUUUGGCUUCAUGAUGCACUCGACCUGAUCUUGUUAUGCCAAAAACUUAAAAAUGACAAUGAAUUUUGGCAUUAUUUAUUAAACUAUAUUAGUAAUAUUGUUCGAGAAGAUAUUAACUAUCUCUGCAAGAAAGGUGAACUUAUAACCAAUAAGAUGGUUAAAGCUGAAUGUUUAACCCCUAAAACAAUUCUUGAAAAACAAAUGCACUUUUCUUUUCUACCAAUACCUGAUCCCAGAUUACCUGACUUCAAGAAAAAAUUUUGCUUAGAUUUACUCACAAUUUGUAAACGUACACUUUUUCAUUACUGUACGAAAGCAUGUAAAAAAUUUAAUCGUGACUUGCAAAAGCAUUGCCGAUUUGACUUUCCGAGAGAACUUGUAGAUCCACCAGAUAUAAUCUUUCCUGAACAGAGAGUCAUUGCUAUUCAACAUAUAAGUGCUUAUUUCAACAACCAUAACUCUUAUAUAACAACUGCCUGUAGAGGCAACAACGACAUUAAAUUUAUAUCUACCCAAAAACUUGCACUAGCUUGCAUUCACUAUAUUACCGAUUAUAUUACCAAAUUAGAUAUUAGCACAUACAGCUCUUUUUUGAUAUGUGCCUCUAUUCUAGAAACUUUUUUAGACCAAUUAUCUAAUAAUGAUUCAUAUAAUCUUAUAGAUAAAUCACUCAAACUAAUAACUAAAUACCUCAAUAAAAUGACUGGUCAAACAGAACUUACAAGCCCACAAGUUUCUGCGUACUUGUUAGAUAUAGAUGAUCAUUAUACCUCUAACAAAUUCGUAAAUAUCUAUCUUCAAACUUUUAAAUCUCAUCUCAUGAAAGAAUGA